UUGAAUCACGGGCUCGUAGGAAUCUGCUGUGUGCCUACCUUUAAAUUUUACUUCAUGUUUUGCUAAAGUUUGAAAUAAAUAAUGGCUAGCACAAGUGUGAAAGACGAUGGCCGUCCUAAAGACUCAAUACCAGAAGUGUUAAAUGAUCCUGGUACAGGAAAACGAUAUCUAAGAGGACGUUUUCUCGGGAAGGGAGGAUUUGCUAAAUGUUACGAAUUGACAGACUUGGACACUAAAGAAAUAUGGGCAGGAAAGAUUGUUUCCAAAUCUUUGCUUGUAAAGCAACAUCAGAAAGACAAGAUGGCCCAAGAAAUUGCUAUUCAUCGAAGUGUGGCACACAGACACAUAGUUCUGUUUCAUACUUUUUUUGAGGAUAGUGAGAAUGUGUACAUACUUCUUGAAUUAUGCCGUAGAAGGUCUUUGAUGGAGUUGCAUAAAAGACGAAAGGCUGUAACAGAGCCUGAGGCUCGAUACUUUGUGCGACAAAUCAUUGAAGCUUGCCAGUAUCUGCACAAUAACAGGGUCAUUCAUAGGGAUUUGAAGCUUGGCAACCUGUUUUUGAAUGACGAAAUGGAAAUAAAGAUUGGUGACUUUGGUCUUGCUACCAAGUUAGAUUAUGAGGGAGAGAGAAAGAAAACAUUAUGUGGUACCCCCAACUAUAUAGCCCCAGAAGUAUUAGGCAAGAAAGGGCAUAGUUAUGAAGUUGAUGUAUGGUCGCUUGGAUGCAUUGUGUUCACUUUGCUGGUUGGCAAACCACCUUUUGAAACUUCCUGUCUAAAAGACACAUAUAUGCGUAUUAAAAAGAAUGAGUACAGUGUUCCUUCUAAAGUAAGCACAGCUGCAAGAAAUUUAAUAAACCGUUUGCUAAGAUCAAAUCCUACAGAUAGGCCCAAUAUGGAUCAGAUUAUGGAAGAUCCAUUUUUCACAGCAGGCUAUUUACCACCACGUCUCCCAACAUCUUGUUUGACUAUGGUACCCAGAUUUGACACCUUAAUUAAACAACCACAUGAAGGUGCUGAUAUGGCUCUGCUAGCUUCUGGUCUGUCUAGAAAGCCUUUGUUAGAUAUGAAUGAAGUACAAGCUAGGCCUUACACAGCAGACCCAGCCAAACGAGAAAUAGAAAAAAGAAGUGAUAGAGGAGUGAAUGAACCUGAGAUAGAAACACGCCCUGAUAUUGGCAGAAAAAAUGAGGAUGAGCCAAGAGAUUAUUAUCUCUCUGACUUAUGUGGUCAGUUGUCUGCUGUGAUCGCUGCUAAACCAGGAGAAAGACUUAAUGCCCAACUUGAUGAGUGUGAAGAUCCUGCAGCUAUACCUAUUUACUGGAUUAGCAAGUGGGUUGAUUAUUCAGACAAGUAUGGACUGGGGUACCAACUUUGUGACAACAGUUUUGGUGUGCUUUUUAAUGACUCUACGCGGUUGAUUCUGCUGACUAAUGGAGAAAACAUUCACUACAUUGAAAGAGAUGGCAAGGAACAUUAUCACACGUUGAGGUUAUUCCCAGAAUCUCUAGGAAAGAAAGUCACACUUCUAAAAUAUUUCAGAAAUUAUAUGAAUGAACAUUUACUCAAAGCUGGUGCUAACAUGACUCCACGUGAUUCUGAUGAGAUGAUUAGAUUGCCUUUCCUUAGGACAUGGUUCAGAACAAGAAAUGCUAUUGUUUUACAUCUUAGUAAUGGCACCUUGCAGAUAAACUUUUUCCAAGACCACACAAAGAUAAUAGUGUGUCCUUUGAUGGCUGCAGUGACAUACAUUGAUGAGAAGAGGGAAUUUCGUACUUACCGCCUUAACCUGAUAGAGAAGUAUGGUUGCUCAAGGGAUUUAGCAAGUCGCCUCCGGUAUGCAAGAACAAUGGUUGAAAGACUGCUGAACUCCAAAUCUGUGGGUUCCAAUAGACCUAAAACUGCAGCACCGUAAAGAUUUUUGUCACUUAUUUUUUUACUUUUCUGUUUGUCUACUGCACUCUUUUUGUACUUAUGGUAGAGUCCAAUAGAAUCACAUUUUUACUUUGUUUGGGAAAAGGUUUUGACAAAAAAAAAAUUCUUUUAAAUAGUUAAGGCUAUGAGUAACCUUCUUAUUUAGAUCACAAUGGUUGUGAUUUAAAUAGACCUAUUUUUUUUUUUUAAAGAAUUUGCCAGAUUAAGCACAAUAUGAAGGGUUUGAUUUGUUUACAUCUGAUCUCACCAAAGGCCUUAUUUUGAAUGUUGUGGGCUAGUGAUUUAAUCAAAUCGUGAACAUUUUCAAGACACAUUUUAAUACUUAAAAUUAUCAUGAAGUGCGACACAAGAAAUGAAUUAUUUUUAAUCACCAAAGACUAUGUUUAAGGUGGCAAGAGUUGAUUUCUUAUAUAAAUAAAUAUGCACUAAAUUGAUGUAUUGUCAGUUUUGUAUUUCCUUGCAUACUCUUGUAAAAAUUGUCAACUUUACAUUUUAGUUAGAACAAGCUGUUGAUUAAACUUUGUUUAGAGCUACCAAUUUGCUAUCUACUCUAAGUUUUAUUUCAACAUAAACAUUUUUUUGUAUGCUGAAAGUCAAUAUUUAAGGUUAAUUACAGCUGUCAUGUUUAUUAGGAUGCAACGUUGUAAUUUUGUAGAAUAGAUAUAGCACCUAAUGUGGUCAGUUGUGCAUUUAUCUAAUCAUCUCAAAUCCCCCAAGUGAUACAUUGUUUCUAUCCUUUGGAUCAAUUUAACACUAACAAUGACUUUGUUUUUAUGAUUUGACAAAGUGGUUAAACUAUGAAUACAAGUUAUUUGGCUCAGAUGUAUUAAUAAUUGUGAUUUAAUUUUGAAUUAUGAACAUUUCCUUAAUGGUUUAAGUUAAAAUCUUUUUUUUUUCAGCUUGAAUCUUAGAAUUUGGUAAUCACAUUGCUUUUGCCCUAAUUAAAGAUUAAACUAGCAACAUUCCAGCAUUCUUUCACAAAUUUUCUUUUCACAUCUAAUUUGACAAAAAUAAGUCGUCAGAAGUUAGGUCAAUUACAGGAAGCUUCAAAAGUUAAAAACAAUUAUGCUUAUGUGGGUGUUUCUGUAUUCAAUAAAAUUAAGCCUCAGUCAAAGAUCUGUAAUACUAUAAAAUUGUAAAUAUAUUACAAUCUUGUGUACAUAUUUUGAUAAUAAUGUCAGGGCUUGUGCUCAGACCUAAAGGGUGUUGUGUAUUGAAUAGACACUAAACUAUGUCCUAUUCUACUCAUUUCAUUGUUUUGUUUUGGCACAUACAGUAUUGUGCUUUUUUAUAAACUGAAAUUUUAUUUCUGGACAUAUUUUCAACUGGCUUAGUUGUAAUUGUAAAGAAAUAGUGAAGACAAAUCAAUUUUGUACUCUAUACCAGGGGGUCUCCAAACU